AUGUCGUCCGUCGCUGAACCCCUCACCGAAGCUCAGAAAGAGCAUUUCAAAGCCAAAGGCUGGCUGAAGCUGAGCAACUGUUUCACGAAAGACCAGGCGGAAUGGGUGACAAAAGACGUCUGGACGCGGUUGGGUAUGGACCCAAACGACAAAUCAACCUGGAAGCAUCGGACAAACAUGCCCCACCACCGUACCUUUGACUGUUCGGAAUUCGCACCCAAGGCCUGGGCCGCCAUCUGUGAGGUCUGCGGCGGAGAGGACCGGAUCGCGCCCGAGUCGAAGGAAUGGCGAGACUCUUUGAUUGUAAAUCUCGGCAGCCCAGAGUUCGAAGGCCAAGACUACUCGCCCAAAGAUCUCGAUAACUGGCAUGUUGACGGUGACUUCUUUGUUCAUUACCUCGACUCAGGGGAGCAGGGACUGCUCGUGAUACCCUUGUUCACGGAUAUCGUCCCUGGCGGCGGCGGAACGGUCAUCUGUCCCGAGGCGAUUCCGAAAGUGGCUAAGCAUCUCCACGACCACCCGGACGGCGUCUCUCCCCGGAUGGUUCCCAGAGGAGACCCUGAUUUCUCUGCAGAGCGCAACCUCGACUGGUUCAACUCGCUCGCGGGAAGCUGCAACGAGUUCGUCGAAGCACAUGGAGAGGUUGGCGAUGUGUAUCUGCUUCAUCCACUGAUGCUGCACAGCGCCUCGCGCAACCAGCUCCGGAAGCUCCGUAUCAUUACGAACCCACCCGUCUUUCUCAGAGAGCCUCACCGCUUUCACAGGCCGGAUAAGUCAGAGUACAGCUUGGUGGAACAGACAACGCUGAGGGCCCUAGGGGCGGAGUCCCUGCCUGAAUGGGGGAUCACGGCCCCUAGGGAGCAGGUCAUUCCGGAGAGACUUAAGAUCCAGGAAAGAAUGAAACAGGAGGAGCUGAAGCGACUUGCGGCUACUGCAUAA